GAGCCGGGGCCGGGGCCGGGCCUCGCUCGGCUUCCCGGGAUGAAGCGGCCGCCUCAGCCCCGCGGCGGCCCUUUAAAUAGCUGCCCCGCGCAUAGCGGAGCGUCGGCUUGAGCUCCUCGAGCAUCACCGCCUCGGCGUGCUGCUGGGACCCGCGGGUGAGCAAUCAUGUUUGAGAUUAAGAAGAUCUGCUGUAUCGGUGCUGGCUAUGUCGGCGGGCCAACUUGCAGUGUUAUUGCACAGAUGUGCCCUAAAAUCCAAGUCACUGUUGUGGAUGUCAACGAGGCUAGAAUCAAUGCCUGGAAUUCAGACACGCUCCCCAUCUACGAGCCAGGGUUAAAAGAAGUGGUGGAGUCCUGUAGAGGAAGAAAUCUCUUCUUUUCCACCAGUAUUGAUGAUGCCAUCAGAGAAGCUGAUCUCGUAUUUAUUUCUGUGAACACUCCCACGAAGACUUACGGGAUGGGGAAAGGGCGAGCAGCUGAUUUGAAAUACAUUGAAGCUUGUGCUAGACGAAUUGUACAAAACUCAAACGGCUAUAAAAUUGUCACUGAGAAAAGCACAGUUCCAGUACGUGCUGCAGAGAGCAUUCGUCGAAUAUUUGAUGCUAAUACGAAGCCUAACUUGGAUUUGCAGGUGCUGUCGAACCCAGAGUUCCUUGCAGAAGGAACAGCAAUCAAGGACUUGAAAAACCCAGACAGGGUGCUCAUUGGUGGCGAUGAUUCUCCAGAGGGACAGAAAGCUGUCCGUGCUCUUUGUGCUGUUUAUGAGCACUGGGUGCCUAAAGAAAAAAUCCUCACAACCAAUACCUGGUCCUCAGAGCUCUCUAAACUGGCAGCUAAUGCUUUCCUUGCCCAAAGAAUCAGCAGCAUUAACUCCAUCAGUGCUCUGUGUGAAGCUACAGGAGCAGAUGUUGAAGAAGUAGCAAGAGCUAUUGGAACUGACCAAAGAAUUGGAAACAAGUUUCUGAAAGCCAGUGUUGGGUUUGGAGGCAGCUGUUUUCAGAAAGAUGUCUUGAACUUAGUGUACCUUUGUGAGGCACUGAACUUACCUGAAGUAGCCCGUUACUGGCAACAGGUAAUAGACAUGAAUGACUAUCAGAGGCGGAGGUUUGCUUCCCGUAUUAUUGACAGCCUGUUCAAUACUGUCACUGAUAAGAAGAUUGCUAUCUUAGGAUUUGCAUUCAAAAAAGAUACUGGGGACACAAGAGAGUCAUCCAGCAUCUACAUUAGCAAGUAUUUAAUGGAUGAAGGAGCAAGACUCCAUAUCUAUGACCCUAAAGUACCGAAGGAACAAAUCAUCUUGGAUCUCUCACAUCCAGGUGUCUCAGAAGACAACCAAGUGUCUCGGUUGGUCACUAUAAGUCAAGAUCCAUAUGAAGCCUGUGAUGGAGCUCAUGCCCUUGUAAUUUGCACUGAAUGGGAUAUGUUUAAGGAGUUGGAUUAUGAGCGUAUUCACAAGAAGAUGCUGAAGCCUGCGUUUAUAUUUGAUGGCCGGAGAGUUCUUGAUGAUCUUCAUAAUGAGCUACAAGUCAUUGGCUUUCAGAUUGAAACAAUUGGGAAGAAGGUGUCAGCCAAAAGAAUCCCUUUUGCUUCUUCGUGUGAAAUUCCAAAGUUCAGCCUGCAGGACCCACCUGUCAAAAAGCCCAGAGUAUAAUGUUUAAUGGGUGCUGAAGGAAUCCUGUCACCUUCUUAGUGAUAAUAAUGGUAACCCUAGGCUUUUUUUUUUUUUAAAGUAAAGAUAUUUUUCAUAAACAACAAACAAAUUUUACACUAGGAAACAGUACAAGUGAACCCAGUGUAUUUUCAGAUCUCUAUUUUUCUAGCAAUUUUGGUUACUGAGGAUGGUACAAAUCUGUUUUUAAUAAUUAAUCAACGUUUAAGUGGAAAAGUUGCUCUCAAGCUACAAACUUCUGCUUCCAGAAGUGUUCCUACACACAAUGCUCCAGUGAUGUGAGCACAAUAGAAAUGGAGCAUCUAUUUUCCUUUAGUCCAGUUGCAGACAGUGAUCAGGAACUCAGUUGGUUUCACUUUUUUUAUAUUGUCAUUUGGGGUAAUUGUUUUCCCCUUACAUGCCUGCUUGAACUGGUGGUUGAGUCGAAAGAUGAGUUCUAUGUGGAUUUUGGUAGUUCUAGGUUGAGACUAAGACAGAGCUGACUGCAGCUACAUUGCCCUGAUCCUGGUUGGGAUCAGUGGGCACUGAUGCAGCCCAAACUGCAUCUGCAGAAGCCUUGUGGCACCCAACAGAUGUCUAUCACACACUUGUUGGCAGUGGAGUAGUGGCUAUAAACCGAUCCACUGGCUGAUCUCAUUUUUGUUUCUUAGUUCUUGCCUACAUUCCAUGUGCAGCGCAUAAUUACUGAUUGAUCAGAUUCCUGGGGCAUGGUUUUCAUAAGUUACCACAAUACAACUGUCCUUCAGCAGAAGAGCGUUCUGCCUGCUGCUUGUUCAGACGCUGAAUCUGAGCAGACAUACCUUAAUUCAGUGUCAGUCCAAGUAGAAAGCAAGUGUUAGCUUCAAAGCUAACCUUUUUACUGUCUUUUCUGCUUAUAUCUUAUGAAUAAAAGCAGUAUCUUAAUGAAUCUGCAAGGGUUAUUCUCUGCUGUUCAGACAAUUAAGAGACAAAAAUUCAGACCCAUACAUAGUCAGCUUGCUACCUCAUUUCAUUAGCAGGAAUUAAUAAUUCCUCUAUUAUCAUGAUACUUUUGCCUUUAUUAUUACUUUCUUUCUACUUGUUUUUAUUCUCAAUUGGCCAGUGCUAUUAAAGUCCUUGAUUAUAGA